AUGCUCACUACGACCGGCCGUGGUAUCAACACUACGCAGAGGCUUGGUCGCAGCCCUCGAGGUGGAUGGAUUUUCAAGUCGGAGGUGAAGAACUACAACGAGAUGGCUGGCAUGCCUCCAUCGCUGUGCAACGUCGUAGUAGCGGAUGAGGCCAACGAUGAACCCCUCUCAUCGCCGACCGCUGUAGCCCUAGUAGAUCCCAAGAAGACCGUUGUGUAUGGGAAAAUACUGGACCUAGACCCGUACUGCGUUUUUGACCAGCGGUUCAUCGUGCAUCUCCUCGAGAGGGCUCUCCGUCGGCGAGAGAGGUUCUUCAGCAGUGAUGUCGCGGGGAACAGCGUCAGCUAUCGCCUCUUCCACGGGGAGUCCGAUGGGAUACCAGGUCUCUAUAUAGAUAAGUUUGUCGGUUCGCCAUGCCCGGUUGUAGUGAUGCGUCUCUCCAGUGUUGGUCUGGAAGGACAUCUGCUCAGCUUUAUGAAGGCUGUUGAGAAAGUCCAUUGUGCGGAGCCUAGUACGGCACUCUUCGUACAAGCAGAAAAUGGUGGCGGUAAACGAUCAGCCUAUAGAGAAGCUUUCUACUUAAUAGGCGCUCGGACAGGUCAGCUUUACGGAGUUUGGUAUCAGCCGUGGCGUCCUCCUCGAGAAGCUUAUCCAUCCUGGACCUGUAUAGCCACAGCGGCUCCUAUGCUUUGCAGCUACAUUCAGUUCAUCCGAAAUCUAAGUUGUGAUGAGAAUGGUAUCCGAAAAGGCGUGGUUCAAUUCGUAAGCCGUCCUGUGGGGCAUCCCUGCAGUCCCGCCUGUCAGAUGGAGAACUCUGUUGAGGAGUACUUGCACGGGCUUGCCGGGAACCACGCCGGCCUUACCGUGCAUCAGUAUGGUGAUCGCCUCUCUUCACGAGAGGUCCCUAUGAUAGCAGCCAAUCAUGUUUCAUACCUCGACAUAUACGUGUUGGAGAGCUGUGGUGCUACGCCUCUGUCGUUUGUGGCCAAGAGGGCUGUCGGAGACAUGUUCCUCAUUGGUCAGCUGGCUCGAGCUUUCGAUUGCGUGUUUGUCAGUCGUAGUAAGUGUCCGAAAGAGCGCGGGGAUGUGGUGGCGGAGAUCGAGAGGAAGCAGAAACGUGAACAUUACAAAUUCCAUCACUACCAUCGACCACAGCCCUCCCUAGGCGUCAUCACCGGCUCGACCGUGUUCCAGCUGUGUAUAUUCCCUGAGGGCACGACGACCAACGGCCGUUCGAUAAUUAGAUUUCGGAAGGGGGCCUUUGAGGGCUCCUUUCCAGUGCAGCCUGUGAAGCUAGCAUACAGCUCUCCUCAUUGUGCUUACACCUGUCUCGACUUACUUUAUCACAUACUCAUAUUCCUAUCACUGGCCUGUACUGAAGACAUUCGAUGUGACGUCUAUUGGCUACCCAAGGUCGAAGCAUCUGAGGCAAGUGCCUCCACUGGGGUAGAUCUUGCCAACGCCACCCGUUUAUCUAUCGCUCAUGAGAAGUGUGGCCCACAGCUCAGUCUCGAUGACGAGGCAACUUUGGAAGGCCACUGUGAGAUCACUGACUUCCUCCUGGGAGUGGACACGUCGCGAUCGACUCCUGCCGUCCCUAGAAGGCAUACGAAAUAA